UAUGCAUAUGACUUAAAAACAUUUAUAUAAAACCGUGUUUAUACAAAAGGAGUUUAGUUGCAUAAUUUCAGUGCUGUAUGCCUUAUACUUUUAAGACUCAAAAAAUUAAUAAUAUAUUGUGAAACGUGCAAGUGCCGCCAGUUGUAAGUGCAUCAGCAAUGAAAAACGCAAUUCAUGUUGCGCUAUUCGCCCUUUUGGGUUUGGCCCUUAUUAUGGAAGGCGACUCGAAGAAAUUGAAGUUUCCGAGAAGUUUUAUAAAUCCCUAUCCCCGCUUUAAGGAGUAUAGUGAUGGAGGCGACCCCGGCGAACCACUGUUUCUUACCCCUCUUAUACAUGAUCCAAAAAUACCGAAUGAACAAGUUCGUCAAAAAGCGGCAGUGAUUGGCAGUCAAUUCCACAAAGUCGAAAGCUAUUCCGGAUAUUUAACAGUAGAUGCGGGACGCAAAUCAAAUAUGUUCUUCUGGUAUUUCCCCGCACAGGAAAAUCCUGAUUACGCUCCUGUGCUUUUAUGGUUGCAAGGCGGACCGGGUGCAUCUUCAUUAUUUGGUUUGUUUGCGGAAAAUGGACCCUUUGAGUUCGAUUCACAUGGACAUUUACAAAAGCGCAAUUAUACUUGGAGUCGCACUCAUAAUCUUAUUUAUAUUGAUAAUCCCGUUGGAACUGGUUUUAGUUUUACUGGCAGCGAUGAUGGUUAUGCUCGGAAUGAAAAAGAUGUGGGACGUAAUCUUCACGAGGCCGUAAUGCAAUUAUAUGAACUUUUUGAAUGGUCAAAUUCCAGUGAAUUUUGGAUUAGUGGGGAAUCAUAUGCAGGAAAAUAUGUACCAGCACUAGGUUACCAUAUUCACUUGAUGCAAAACGCGGUGGACACCCGUGUUUAUAUUCCGUUAAAAGGUUUAGCUAUCGGAAAUGGUCUCUCUGAUCCAUUGCAUCAACUCAAAUACGGUGAUUACUUAUAUCAAUUGGGUUUAAUCGAUGAUCACGGCUUGAACCGCUUCCAUAUAGAGGAAGAGAAAGGUAAAAAAUGUAUAGAACAACACGACAUGGAUUGUGCAUUUGAAGUAUUUGAUGCUCUUAUCAAUGGUGACCUUACAAACGGAUCUAUUUUUCAUAAUCUUACUGGCUAUAACUAUUACUACAAUUAUUUGAAAACUAAUAGUGACAUGCCGGAUGAAGUACUUGGAAACUUUUUACAAUCUUCAACAACACGCCGCGCCAUUCACGUAGGCAACAUGACAUUCCAUGAUUUAGAUAAAGAAAAUAAAGUGGAGAAGUUUUUGAAAAAGGAUGUAAUGGACACAGUGGCACCAUGGAUAGCUGAGCUUUUAAAGGAUUAUAUUGUUUGCAUUUAUAGUGGACAGCUGGAUAUAAUUGUUGCUUAUCCUUUGACUCGUAAUUACUUAAAGCAAUUGAAAUUCGCAGAUGCUGAUAAAUACAAAGUAGCUGAGCGCAAAGUUUGGGAGGUGGACGGCGAAAUUGCAGGAUAUGCAAAACAUGCCGGUCAUCUAAUUGAAAUAUUGGUGCGCAACGCUGGGCAUAUGGCGCCUGGUGACCAACCUAAGUGGAUGGAAUGGAUGAUUAAUCAUUUAACGCACUACAAAAAGGUCGUUUAGACAUAUACAUAGUGUAUAUAGUGCCAUCGCACAUUUUAUAUAAAUAUUUUUCUGCAAAUUAUAAAGUAAAUAUUGUAAGAGUUUAUUGGUCCAAAGAAUUUAGAUUGUUAACAAAGAAUUAAAUAACAAAUAAAGAAUGGUUAACCAACAA